AUGAAUAAAGCAGUUUUAUACCAAAAUUCGAACGGCGUGCAACGAAAUGAUGCGGAGCAAGUGUUUAAUGAAUUUUCGAGCGUGUGGAAGUGGCGAUCAAAUGGACGUGAUACGUUGCUCGAUGUCGGCUGUGGUAGUGGUGAUGUUACGAUCGAUUUAAUUUUACCAUUUCUGCCAGACAACUUCGAACGUUUAGUUGAGUGUGAUAUUUCGGAUGAGAUGGUGAAUCACGCACGACACAAGAAAGGAAAGCAACAGGAAUACAAGCUGGGCCAAUUUCUCAAGAGACGAUACAAUAAACUCAUUGGCGAUAAGUAUUCACCAGAUAAAGUGUAUGUUCGAUCAACAGAUUACGAUCGAACGAUUAUGAGUGCUUUGGUGAACCUAGCAGGUUUGUAUCCACCAACUGGAGAUGACAUCUGGAAUGAGGAUAUUUCUAACUGGCAGCCGAUACCAGUGCAUACAAUACCAUUGAUAGCUGAUUAUGUGUUAUAUGGGCCAAAGAACUGCUCAAAGUAUGAUGCCGUUUUCCAAGAGUAUAUAAAAAAUUCGCCCGAAGUGCAAAAACUCCAAACAAAAUAUCAACAAUUGUUGAAAUUUUGGUCGAAAAUGUGCGGAUCGGAUAUUAAAACGAUCGGCGAUGCUUCUCUCUUGUACAACACACUUUACAUUGAGAAUUUGCACAACAAAUCACUAGCAGCAUGGGCACAAAAAGCAAUUGAACCGAAUGGAAUAAUGGAAUAUAUGGCAAAAUUUUACUUUCAAAUGGGUUCAGCAACACCACAAUUGGCUCGCCUUCGAACCGGGUUUUUGAUAAAAGAAAUGCUCGAGCGAUUCACGCAGAAGAUCAACGCAACACUGUCCCCAGAUCGUUCUCUCUGGCUAUAUUCAUCUCACGAUUUAAUGAUUUCAAACAUGUUGAAUACUCUAGGGCUUUUUAAGUUACAUUUACCAAAUUAUGCAUCGAGCUUACAUUUCGAGCUGUAUAAAACAGAAAAAAAUGAAAGUUACUUUCAAUUCUUCUACCGAAACGCCGAAGAGGAACAUCUUUUGCCAAUGAAUAUUCCGAAAUGUGGAGAAAAAUGUUCGUUAGACCAGUUUUAUGCUGCGUAUAGUGAAAUCAUUCCAGGCGACCGUGAUACCGAAUGUAGUUUGCCUUGAAGAAAUGUCACAGUGUUGCGUGUGUUUUUGAAAAAACAAAAUGCAGAAAUCGUUUUUGAUAGAGCAAUUUUAUGGAGUUUAAUUAAAAUAAAGAGGAAUAAUUUUCAUCGCUUUUAGAUUUGAUA